GCGGCAGACGAGCGCGCGACCCUUGGCUGCGUGUGCUCCUCGGCGGUCAGUCGCCGCUAACGCACGCCGGACGUGCCCGUUGAACGCCCGGUGGUCCCCCCACCGCAAUAAUCACGUUCGCGAAAUCCCGCGACGAGUGCGCGAGAAUAUCCGUCUUCGCCGUAUUGUUGCGAUAACAUUUCCAAGACAUAAUAAAAAUAAUAAUAAUAAUAAAAAUCGUAAAAUCGUUUCGUUACCCGUUGCAUAAUAGUAGCCGGGGCGUAACGAAUAAUAUAAUAUAGCGAUAUAACAAUAAUCGUAUUAAAAUAAAAUCGUAAUUAUAAAGGGACGACCGUCGUCGUCGUCGCGGAAUACGAAAUAUAAAAUAUUGUGCGCGAUCGUCGGGAUAAAAUAUAAAUUAUAAUAAUAUCGUUUGGGCAUAAUAAUAAUUUAUUAAAUCGUCGUCGUCGUCUUCCUCGCCGUCCGUGUAAUAUACCUGGUUUGAUAUAACAUCAUUUAAUACUGCUUUUACGACUUACGUGCGCGUUCGUAUUGUUGUGCAACGAUAGUGUGACGUUUUUUCGGUAUCGAAAUUACCGACGGUUCCACUUUUUUCAGCCCCGUCGGCCAAAUUUCAUCUCCCGGCACGGAGAAAAACAAGCCGACGUAUCGGUUAUCUUCUUUUGUUUUGGUUUCGCGUGCAAACGGCCGAUCCGCGUCCAUAGAAUCACAAUCAAAACAAUAUCACUGCGUGUGCGAUGCGGUUUCAAAUAUUGUGUUCAUCGUCGUCGUUACCGCCGGUGCCACCGUGACCUAGUGAUCUCGCGGAGAAGCGUUCGAUCUUAAAUACGUACCAUAUAUAAUAUUAUACGGUACAUUUACACAGGUCAAAAAUUGUCAAGGUAUAUUAAAAUCGGUUCAUUAAGACUUUUGGAGUACAAUUUCUACCCACCGGGCGUGUCUGCAGGCUGUCAAACGCAUUAAGUACACGUAGAAGAACUUACAAGAUAACAUGACGGCGGCAAGUCAGUGGCGAUGACUGUCGUCGCCUCGGUGACGACGACGACGGUCACCGCUGACACUGCGACCGCACCGCAACGAUGACGGGAACGACAACGUGGUCGGCUGCGACCGCGGCGGCGGUUCCGUCAGCGGCCGCGGACACGUGGUAGUGCGUGCGGCCGUUCGACCGGCUCAGUCGUUGUUCAGAGUCGUCGUCGUGCGCGGUCGGCGUCGGACGCGACAACGACAACGACAGGGCACCGACGACAACAACAACAACAAAACAACACCGAGGCGGCGGCGGCGGCGGGGGGCGGCGGCCGUCUCGACGGCCGCUCGUCCACGACUGCGACGCGACCGACGGUUCGUUCGCGCCGGCCCGCUUAUCGCGUCGCGGCCACCACCACUGAUCGCGCGCGCACACCGACCGCCCCGAGAGCACGCGACCACCGAACACCCGCCGCCGGUGGCCGGGCCCGAUGAACCGGACCGAGUGCCAGACGCUGCGCGACUCGCUGGUGUGGAGGGACGCGCAGGUUUUGGGUACGCUGGCCGGCCUGUCCUUUAUCGCGCUCGUCGUGACCGUCGGCAACACUCUCGUCGUGGCCGCCGUGUUCAACAGCUCCAAGCUCCGGUCGCCGACCAACACGUUCAUCGUUUCGCUGGCCGUGUCCGACCUCAUGGUCGGCGUGGCCGUAUUGCCGUUCAGCGCCACCUGGGAGGUGUUCAAGGUGUGGCUGUUCGGCGACUACCUGUGUUCCGUGUGGCUAGCCGUGGACGUGUGGAUGUGCACGGCCAGCAUCCUUAACCUGUGCGCCAUAUCGCUGGACCGGUACCUGGCCGUCACCCGGCCGGUGCAGUACCCGAGCCUGAUGACCAGUUUCCGGGCCAAGGUGCUGGUGGUGAUCGUGUGGGUGCUGAGCUUCGUCAUAUGCCUGCCGCCGCUGGUCGGCUGGCGCGACACCCACAUACCCGCCGAAGCGUCCACGGUGCUGAUCCGGAACGAGCUGUACCGGAACGGCACCGGGCGGCCGCAGCAGGACGCGCUUCCGCAAUCGUGCCCGUGGAUAUGCGAGCUGCCCAACAACAAGUGGUACGUCGUGUACUCGGCGCUCGGCUCGUUCUACAUACCGAUGUUCGUCAUGUUGUUCUUCUACUGGCGCAUCUACAAAGCCGCCGUUCACACGACGCGGGCCAUCAACCAGGGAUUCCGGACGAUGCGCAGCCGCCGGACGUUCGGCAACCGGUUCGACGAACAACGGCUCACGUUGCGCAUACACCGCGGCCGCGGUUCGUCGCUCAAGCACGCCGCCACCCCCUCCACCGGCGCCCCCAACGGUCCGGGCGGCGGCGGGUCGCCGGACGUGAACCGGCCUCCGAACAGUCGGCGACCGUCCGUCCGCCGCAGCAACCACGAGCGGAUCAAGAUCAGCGUCAGCUACCCCAGCUCGGACUGCAUAAGCGCCGCCGCGGCGGCAGCGGCCGUGGCCACCGUCACCACGGUUGACGCCAACGGCAACUCGCCGCCCGAGACGCUCAGCCAAAAGUCGCGGAGCUCGUUUUCGUCCACCACGUCGCCGACCAGCUCCAGUCCGCUGUACGCCGUCCACUACACGGCCAACGAGACGUACCAACACCAGCGGGCGGCCACCGUCCGGUCGACGGUCGACUCUUCGGCGUGUCAGCUGCGCGUGGCCGGGGGAAGCCGGAAGGAACACCGCCGGUGCAGCGCCGGCGACACGGCCUCGCCGCAUUCGCGUCUCCUGUUGCAGACGACGUCGUCCCCGGGCGAACACGUCCAACACCACCAGCACGGCCGACCCGCUUCCUGUUCCGUGGCGUCCGUCAAGGACCAACUGUCGCCGUCGCCGUCGUACGACGAGUCCACCGGCGGCGGCGGCGGUGGCGGAAGUGCGGGUGGCGUUAGCGGCGCGAGUGACGGCGGCGGACUGGCGCGAGUCGGCUUGCUCGGACCUACGAACAGCAAGUCGUCCAAGUUCGCGUCCAAGAUGGUGGGCGGCGGCAAGCGGAACAUCAAGGCCCAGGUGAAGCGGUUCAGGAUGGAGACCAAGGCGGCCAAGACCCUGGGGAUAAUCGUCGGCGGUUUCAUCGUGUGCUGGCUACCCUUCUUCACCAUGUACCUGGUCCGGGCUUUCUGUCCGACGUGCAUACAGCCCACCUUGUUCUCCGUCAUGUUCUGGCUGGGCUACUGCAACAGCGCCAUCAACCCCAUGAUCUACGCGCUGUUCAGCAAGGACUUCCGGUUCGCGUUCAAGCGGAUCAUAUGCCGGUGGUGCUGUUGGGCGUCCGCCAGCGACUCGACGGCCGGCAUGGGCGGCGGCGGACUUACCGUCGCCGACUACGGCCGCCGCAAGGGAUCGGACGGUUCGCAGCUGGGCGUCGGUGGCCACGGCGGCGGCAGCGCGUCGCCCCGGAACAGGUACAUAGUGGCGGGUUCCGUGGUCGGGGCCGUCGGUUCCGACGAGUGCAGCACGCGCAGCAUGCGCCUGCUCCAGUACUCCGACAGCGAACCGCUCAACGAGCCGUGUUCGGACGACAGGUGAUGGCCACUGAGCGAGCGGCACUCGCGCGCCGCUGUAACGACGUUACUACGAAAAUAUAUCCUGCGUUACGACGUGGGUAUAUGACGACUCCUGCUGCUCUGUGCAACCAUUGUUUUUGCAUUAUUAAUUAUUAUUAUUAUUAUUAUAACUAUUAUAUACAAAAUAAUAUAAUAUACACUAAUGUAAGAUGAUUAUUAUUAUUAUUAUUAUAUACGAUAAAGUUAUAUGUGUUUCCGUUACCCACUCAUUAUUAUUAUUAUUAUUAUUAAUAUAAUACGCAUUGUGUAAUUACAUAUUAUUAUUAUGUUUACUGACAUGUUUUAUCCUUAUAUAAUAUUAUUAUGUGUUAAACAUCAAUAUGUUGUAUUUUAGUAUCGUUUAUAACUUAAGACGACCGUGGUACUACAAACACGAGUUAUUUUGCUUAGUGAUUUACCGACCGAUCGUCCAAUUUAUUAUGAUAUUAUAAUAAUAUUACGAAUAAACAUAUACGACACACAAGACAUCGACUCACUCUCAGUUUAUAUAAUAUAUAAUAAUAUUAUAGCACAUAUAUAUGAAUAAUAAUUGAGUUUGUGGUAUUA